GUCUCGUCCCUGCUAAUUCGUGAAAAUACUCUUCAAUUAACAACGCGGGGCUGUGUGGGAAUGGCAUCCAUGGGUUCGCAUGACUCCGGGGAGGUGUGUUUACAAACUAGAGCAGUGUUUUAAAAGGAUAUCAGGAGUCACACGGUGAAGUUACGCAACAUAUUUAAAGACCCUUUCUCCUACUGUCCCCGGACAUCGUUUUAUGGCUGAAUCGUUGUCUCCACCAGCCGGGCCACCGUACCGUUAGGACGGCAUGAUGGGCUGCGUCUCAAUAACCAAACGGUGUCUCACCAUACAGAGCGACCUGGUGCGUGGAAUGCUGGCAGAGUUGGCUGGAACAUUUAUAUUAGUGUUAUUUGUUGACGGCGGAUUGGCCCAAGCCUUUGUGAGUGGUUGGACAUCCGGGACACCUGUAUCGACAGCCCUGACAUCGGGGAUGGGCGUGGCUUUUGGAAUAUAUACGGGAGUGGGCGUCUCAGGUGGCCACGUCAACCCGUCCAUAACCAUUGGCUUGGCUUCAGUUGGGAAGUUUCCCUGGAAGAGGGCGCCCUUGUGGAUCGCUGCUCAGCUCGUUGGUGCAUUCAGUGCGGCGUUUGUUGUUUACGGAAUAUACUAUCCUGGAAUCGACAAUCUGGACGGAGGGAACCGGACGAUGUUUGGUUCUACAGGAACGGCGGGUAUCUUUUCCACAUACCCUCAGCAGUACUUUGGUCUUUGGGUCGGACUAGCUGAACAAAUAAUAAAUACAGGUCUCUUACUGCAUUGUACAUUGGUCUUUUUUGAUGAGAAAAACGGCAAACCACCUAAAGGAAUGGAACCCUUUUUCGUGGGUCUAUCCGUAUCCAUGAUCUUACUGACGUGGGGUCACAACGCUGGUGCCCCUAUGAAUCCGGCCCGUGACUUCGCUGGUAGACUUCUCACCUGGGUGGUCGGUUAUGGAAAUCAAGUUUGGACGCCACGAGGACUUCACUGGUGGUGGAUACCAACCUUUGUACCGCUACUCGGAGGCAUAUGUGGGGCUCACUUUUACGUCCUUUUCGUCGAGAGGCACCAUCCGAAAGACACACACGGCGGGUACUACAGGGACAGACCGUCCAUGGAUGAAUUCGCAGAAAUGCAACCUGGAAAUGCUCAGCAGACUAUGAACUGUCUCAAACACCCUAGUCCAACCUACGAUUAUGAAAGCCAUCACGUGACCGGCGACGAGAAUAACUGAGUGAGACACAUUAUAUUCAUAUAUACAGUAAAGUAACUGAAAUAACAGAGAGGUUCGAUGGUCAGAUACGGUCUUGUUAUAAAAUACGGUCUUGUUCUAAAACAACUUUUAGAAACAUUUUUAUCGCAAUUUUUGUUCUUCCCUUUAAUACAUUUUAAGGAAUAAACUAUUGGGAUAUCAGUGAAUCACUGACCCUUAAUCUGGGUCUUAAUAGUGUUUAACAAGUAGUGGCCGAAUCGCAAUUACAAAAACAGAACACCUUUUUGGCGUAAUCAUGGCCAGAUUUGAGUAAAUAACAAAAACACUUUUAUUUUUUUUUGCAAUAGAACUGCUUUAAUAAUAAGUUGGUUUACCCUAUAAAUACAUGUAUAUAUUGAUAAGCUGUUUACUUCGUGCUCUCUGCUGAGAAUAGAAUUAAGUACACACCACACAUAAAUACGCAAGUUUUUUUUUAGGACUUGGCAAUCAAAAUUCACAAAAAAUAUAUAUAUAAAUAAAAUACCGCAUAACAAAAUGCCCGGAUUCACCCGGAUUCACCCGGUUGCAAUUUUGUUUCUGAACCUUCCCCAUUGAAAAACACAACGACAGUGGCAAGUUCGUAGUGCAAAAAAAAAAAUAAUUAAACAAAUAAAAUGCCGCCCAGGUGAGUCCCUGACAUAUCUAAUGAAGGCCAACUUCCCCCAGAAUUCACACCAGUGGAUCUUGGCGCAGCCGACCGGUGUCUCAAGGAAAUCUCUUUCCGGAGAUUUUGUCCAAAUAAGGGAAGUUUAAUUGUUGAUUCAAAAGAAGGCGCUUUCGGGAAAACUUUGUUUGCAGUGUACACAGGUCGCCGAAUGGAGGUACAAAAUCUUCUGGCACGCUGAAACUAACCUUUUUUGUGCACUGAGUCACAGAAUUUCGUAUUAAUUUUAAUGUGAAACUGCAUGGUUAAAUUGCUGUACCAACCCACUUUGAUACUUAAAGCCAUUAUAAACUUUCGGAACCGUCAACAAAAAUAAAAGUUCACACAGAUUUACAAAUAA